UCAGGCAGGUAACCUUGAAGCCGAAGCCCCUUCCGCUGUGCCCUCGACCAAGAUGGCGUCCCUCGUGCGGAGCAUGGCGCGGUUUCCCUUCUUGCUGCCGCGACCACCAUCGAGGGCAACAGGCGGCGAGCGUGGAGUGCGCGCACUGAGAAGGAGCCCCGUCCGCGUUCUCCCUCCCCGCGCGCAGGCGCAAGAAGACGCCGCUGCCGCCGCCGCCGCUCAGGCCCAGCAGCAGGCCGGCCCCCGCCAGAAGAAGCCCCGCAGCCGGGAGCCGAAAGCUCCGGCGGAGGAGCCGCAGAAAGAGGCGGAGCUGCGCUACGAGCGGGCCGGGCCCGGCGACAAGAGGCUGAGCAAAGUGGUGACUAUUGCCAAGUCAAGGGCGUUCCGGGAGAAGCACGGGAAGAUCUUGCUGGAAGGCCGACGCCUCAUUGCCGAUGCACUGGCAGCUGGCGCCGUACCCCAGACACUCUUCUUCAGCAUCUUGGAGCGCCUGCGGGAGCUGCCGGCGGCACAACUGAAAGGCGCCAGCCUCGUCAAGGUCAAGUUCGAAGACGUCACGACCUGGUCUGACGUCAUUGCCCCCCAGGGGGUGAUUGGCAUCUUUCCCAGACCAGAUCACGCCAAGAUGACUUACCCAGAGGUUCCGCAGCAGCACAGGCUGCCUCUCUCACUGAUCUGCGACAACGUCCGGGAUCCAGGCAAUCUGGGGACUAUCCUGAGAUCAGCGGCUGGUGCAGGCUGCGAGAGGGUCUUGCUUGUCAAAGGCUGUGUCGACGCGUGGGAGCCCAAAGUACUUCGGGCAGGGAUGGGCGCUCACUUCCGCCUCCCCGUCAUCUCCAACCUGGAGUGGGAGGUGGUCCCAAACUACCUACCCCCUGACACAUGCGUGUACACAGCGGACUGCACUGUGGAGCCCAGUCUACGGGCCCAGGAGGAGCCCCCAGUGCUGACAAAGGCCAGCUGGUCCUACGAGUUGAAGGUACAGCCGGUUCGGGGGGCUCAGGGGUCCGAUCCAGACAGUGAAGAGGCGGCAGCAGCAGCAGGGCCAGGCCCAUUGGGAGUGAAGUAUUACUUUGAGCCAUGGAUGGAGGGUCCCGUGGCUGUGGUAAUUGGGGGGGAGACCCACGGCUUGAGCGUAGAAGCCAAGAAGUUGACGGAGAGCACAGGCGGGCGGCGGCUGCUCAUCCCCGUGGUGCCAGGCGUAGAGAGUCUGAACGCGGCCAUGGCGGCCAGCAUCCUGCUUUUUGAAGCCAAGAGACAGCUGCACCAAAGAGAGGAAAUCGGAAGCCACGAGGAGCCACGUAACCAGGGUCGGCCACAGCUGCUGAGCACUCGCCGUCUGCCGGAGAGAGCAACUUAGACUCAUCCUUUUGUGGGGCUACACUCCUCCCCUUCUAGCUAAAGUAACUCACUCAUCCAGCAACACAGAAGCCUUGUUGCCCUGGAGACCGUCCGUCCGGAAUAUUUGCUAAAUGUGGUCCUUCAGGAUGUAGAAAUGCAAGAAUCUUGCAGAAAUAAACAGGCAACAGCCAAAACUUUCUAGACA